ACACCAGGCACAACACAUGGCGGCAAAUUUGAGAUAAAGGCAUCACCGCGAGAUGCUGAGAAGUAUGACUUCAUCUCAGCCAGAGGAGUGGGGAAAACCACCAGUGUGAUAGAAUCUAUCGGCCAUUUGAUCAAGAGCUGCCUCGGCGGUGGUGUGGUGGCCAUCCACGAGGCGUACAUGGACUGCGGGCUGUGGACCGCUCUCAUACUCAACGUGUUCUUGGGUUUCGCAGUCAGCUAUUGCAUGUUUAUAUUGGCAGAAUCAGCACAGAAAAUGUACGGACGAAUACAAGUUCCCAAACUGACAUACCCAGAUUUGGCGCAGGCAUCGUUGGAGGCAGGCCCUUGGGAGAGAUUAAAGAAAUACGCGAUGGCUUUUAGAUACGCAGUGGACGCAAUAAUAGUGGUGGAUCUCUUUGGCUCGUGCUGUGUCUACCAAGUGGUGAUUGCUCGGACAAUGAAGCAGUUGGUGGAGCAGACGAACGAGGUCAAUGAUGGAGGGAACCCUUCAUUAAGGAUGUACAUACUGACGUUGAUGCUGCCAUGUAUACUGAUCUGCAUGAUACUCACGCUUAAGUACUUAGCGCCAUUUUCACUAGUAGCCGAUGCCUUUAUUGUAAUUGUAGCAUUUGCUACAGUUUACUACGGAACAAAAAAUGCGACCAAGAGUCCUCUAGAAUUUGCGAUCUUCAAUAACAACGUGCCUGGACUGUUCGAAUUCAUUGGCGUUUGCGUCUUCAGUAUGGAGGGAGUUGGAGCAACUCUCGCUAUAGAGAAUAAUAUGACAGAACCGAAGAAAUUUCCUCUCGUCUGUAUUGGAGGAAUGUCUGUCGUCGUGUCUAUGGUAAUGAUCGUUGGCUUCUUUGGCUAUUGGGGCUUUGGAGAGAAAGCGAAAUCUCCCGUUACCGUCAACUUCCCGUGGCAACCCUUCCCGAUCCUCCUAAAAGCAUUGAUGGCUCUCAUGAUAUACGUGACAUUUGCUCUAAACUUUUGGAUACCGUUCGAAUUGGUCUGGCAUUACAUCAAGAAGAAGCACAACCCCGACAACUACUACAUAUGGGAGCGUGUCUACAGAGCCAUACACGUUAUUGGAAUUACGCUGAUUGCUUUCACAUUUCCUAAUAUUUCUAAGUUUAUUGGCUUGCUCGGCUCCUUUUGCCUAUCCAACAUGGGUUUCAUAUUCCCUGCAUUCAUCGAGCUCAGCUUAGUAUGGGAGGAACCUGGUCUCGGAACUAUGAAGUGGCGUCUUUGGAAGUUCAUCAUUAUCUUAAUAUUUGGUCUCAUUUUAUGCUUCGUCGGUACUUACACAAACGCUAAGGAAAUGAUCAAAGAAGUCUUCUUUCAAAAUAAGUAGACUAGCAGUAAUUAUAGUGAUAAAAUUGUAAU